UUUUUGACAGCACAAAGGAGUCGGCCAUUUUAUUGCAAGCUGACGAACUGAGGGAAAAGCGAAAGCUCUCCCUAUAGAUUUCCGUUUUAUAGUUUUAAUUAAAUAUUUUGUUUUUAAAUACGUGUUAUACAUACGUAAAAUCGAGUAUACGUAAUAGUGAUAAGUUAAUGUGGUAGUGAAGUUUGUGUGAAAAUGGAUGAUCCCAACAGAAUGAUGGCGCAUAGCGGAGGCCUAAUGGGUCCACAGGGCUACGGUUUACCCGGCAGCGAAGGCACUCCGGCGACUGGAGACGGCGAAGCUCGAAAGCAGGAUAUAGGAGAGAUUCUGCAGCAAAUCAUGAACAUAACCGAUCAAAGCUUGGAUGAGGCGCAGGCUCGGAAACAUACGCUCAAUUGUCAUAGAAUGAAACCCGCUUUAUUUUCAGUUCUGUGCGAAAUCAAAGAGAAAACUGUCCUAUCCCUACGUAACACUCAAGAGGAGGAGCCACCAGAUCCUCAGCUCAUGCGUCUGGACAACAUGCUGAUUGCGGAGGGUGUAGCUGGACCUGAAAAGGGUGGUGGCGCUGGGGCUGCUGCUUCUGCGUCUGCGGCUGCUGGGGAGUGGGAUAACGCGAUCGAGCACUCGGACUACCGCGCGAAGCUGGCGCAGAUCCGCCAGAUCUACCACCAGGAGCUGGACAAGUAUGAGAACGCCUGCAACGAGUUCACCACACACGUAAUGAACCUGCUCCGCGAGCAGAGCCGCACCAGACCCAUCACGCCCAAGGAAAUUGAGAGGAUGGUCCAGAUUAUACACAAGAAGUUCAGCUCAAUCCAGAUGCAGCUGAAACAGUCCACAUGCGAGGCCGUCAUGAUUCUGCGUUCACGGUUUCUGGACGCGCGCCGCAAGCGCCGCAACUUCAGCCGGCGCGCGCUCGACCUGCUCAACGACUACUUCUACUCGCACCUCGCCAACCCCUACCCCAGCGAGGAGGUCAAGGCCGAGCUCGCCAGCCUCUGUGGUAUCACCGUGUCGCAGGUUUCCAACUGGUUCGGCAACAAGCGGAUCCGCUACAAGAAGAACAUCGGCAAGGCUCAGGAGGAGGCCAACCUGUACGCCGCCAAGAAAGCGGCCGACCUGUGUUGGGUGGGCGCGGGCCGCCGCGAGCGCUCGCCGCCGCCCCGCCACUCCUCCUAUCAUACAGCGGGCGCGUCGCCGUACUCGAUGGGGGCGGCUUCGGGCGCGGCCACGCCCCUCAUGUCGCCGGCGCCGCCGCAGGACUCCAUGGGGUAUUCGCUGCCGCAGCCGCCCUACGACCAGCCGCAGCCGCCCUACGACACCUCCUGCGGAUACGAUCCCAUGCACCAGGACCUCUCGCCCUAGGUGGGGCGAGCCGACGUUUGCCAUUACAAUCGCAGAGGUGACCGCGCGCCUCGCCGCCGCGACUAGAACGUGUAUACUAUAGUUAAUUAUACAAGAUACAUUUUGACGCAAAAUAUUUUUUGACGAGCGACUAUUACCACAUAAUUUUCUUAUAUCGUAUUAUCUACACCGAUCGACUGGCACCCAGUAUUUAUAAUUUUAUAGCAGCUAAAGUAUUAUUUUUGGUCCAGUGUUUUUAUAGUUUGUCGUAUUCGAUGAUUUGGCAGUAUUAGUUGUAAGUGGCGGGAUCUCUUUGCAUACGUUCACUGACUUACUCUAUGGUGGAUAUAAAUAUACGAUAGCUUGUAAGCGUAGCUAUAGUUAGUGUAAGCCUUCAGAUAUUUUGUGCUGACUGUGUAUGUGGAGUUCGGGCGUCGGCGGCUAGUCUCAGACUAGACUCGAAUAAUAACUGUCAUGUCAUUUUUUUUUCGAACAAAUGUCAAAGUAUUAUGUAUCGUCUAUUUUUACGGGAUUUGCUUGGUAUUCAAACUUAUAUAUGUGUUGUACAAUAUUCCAUAGAAAUAAUUUUGUUAAUUCCAACAACAUGAGUGAUGGACGAUGGUAUUUGUCUGGUUGUCGGCGUUCGGGUCGUAUUGUGUGCAAUUUAUUUGUUAUAACGGUUGUGUUCGGCGCACACGGAGCCAUUAUUGUCAGAAAUGUUUUACCUAUUUCUGCUUCGGAUGUUGUGAAUAUCGAAUAUAUUUUUAUCUGGUGCUAAAGAUUUUUGUAGCACAAUAUUAUUUUUCGAUUGCGUAGCGGUUAAGUCGACGUUGUCCUCGUUUUAUCCGGAUAGUUUACGCGUUAGGGUUUACAAUCUCGUUCAAAAUAUCUGAAACAGUAUACGAAAUAUGAGAAAUUCAAAUGUUUUAACGAUUAAUACGGAACGAACGCGCCGCAUAUAAAGUUUUAAUUAUACAAUUUUAAUGAUAAGUUAAUGAAAAAUGAUAAUAAAGUGGGCGGCCGGUCCGCGCUCGGUGCGGGAGGGCCCAGAGGGGAGUGUAUACCAUUAAUUAGGGGGCAGUCGGACCGGCGGCGCGAGUACAUGUAUACGACAAAUACGAUGUUAUUGUGACCAUCUAAUUAAAUAAAAUAAUUUUUGUGUAGUUA